AUGAUCGAGAAUCUUAGAGAUUCGGUCUCUAAGAGCAAAGCAGGUGAUAAAUAUGGAAAUUACACCCUUCAGUUUGCUGAUGACUUUACAUACACUGAUCCUGUGGAUGGAAGUGUGGUGUCGAAGCAAGGUAUCCGGUUUGUUUUCACUGAUGGAUCGAGGAUCAUAUUCCGUUUAUCUGGAACUGGAUCAGCAGGUGCAACUGUCAGAAUCUACAUUGAACAGUUUGAACCAGAUGUCUCAAAACACGAAAUGGAUGCCCAAAUAGCCCUAAAACCAUUAAUAGAUCUGGCAUUGUCUGUAUCAAAGUUGAAAGAUUUCACAGGAAGGGACAAGCCUACAUCAUUAUGGAUGGUUAGAAAUGAUGAGGACAUAAAUAUCGUGACCAUUCUUCAUGCAUUUAGAUCUAUCAUAGAGCUUGUUGCAUGGUCAUCGCAAUCCCUUCAAAAGACACGAUCUGGUGGUGUGUCUAUGACAAGCAAAGCGGCUCCCUUUAUUGUCAAGGUUGAUCCUAUUGGUCUGCUUUUAGCUGAUCAGAUCAUCAUGAUGAAACUUCCAGUGGCAGGUCCCGACCGCCUUUUGUGGGAGCUGAGUGUACAACUAAGACAAGCAUUACCACAGAAUAGCUAUAAUGGGAGAAAAUUUGUCUCGAAUACUUCCCCUAGUCUUCUUCGAAAUGCAAGCUAA